AUGGGCUUCGGGUCACCGGACCGUUCAGACAGUCGGUCGGGACGUUCGGCCGGCUAUCGGGUCAUGAUCCGCCAUCGGGUCGAUCGUGGCCAAGGGAUUUCUUGUUCGGUCAUCGGGUUCGGCCGAGCGGAUGAUAUUGGCUUGAAUGUUCUGGCCGGACAAGAGACGAUGCCUUCCUGGUCGGACGGUGCGAUCGUGCAUGGGACACGCAUUGUGUUGCGCGAUGGAUCGGUGAUGCCUUCAUGUUCGCGCGGUGCGGUUGUGCGCGGCUUAUGGUGGCGAGACUUGGACGGGUCGACCAAGUAUUUAUUAAAUACUUACGCAACUCCAUUCCAAUGUGUUGCAUGUAAAAGAUUUGUGUGA